AUGACAUUUACUUUCAGACUUUAGAGUGGAUUAGGAAAGUCAGGGUAUUUGAGUCUUAAAAUACCAUUCUAAAUUGAAGCAUCUGUUGUUAGUACAGUUCCAUAAGGAGUUGAUGUAAUUUAUAAUGAAGUCAGCACUACUGAUUGUAGUCCAAUAUCUAAAUUUCCUGGAGCUUUAUAUAAAGAUAGUAAUGGAUGGUACCAUGUGAAAUUUCUCAAUUUAGAUGGAUAUUCAAGAGCUUUAGAAGCAAAUACAUAUUAUAGAGUUAGCAUAUCAUCUUAAACAACAUUUAGUAAUUAAGUUGCUUAAAUACUAUCUCCAAUAGAGGCAUUAACAAUUUAAGAUUUCAGUGUAAAUAAUUGGAUAAAAUAUGAUUUCAAUAGAGCCUUUGCAUUAAUAGAAUUCACUCCUACUCCACCAUCUACACUUGUAUCAAGCUUCACACUUUUAUCUACUACUCCUACUUUAUUAGAUUAUAGACACUCAAUUUUAGUUUAGAUAACCCCAACUAUACCUAUAGAUAGAAAGGCAAGAAUAGUAAUUUUAAUGACUGAUAAUGAUUAUUAAUUUUAAGGUGAAUAAUGUACAUCAGAAUCAUAUAAAGAUGCAAAUAAUACUGAUAUACCAGCAUUGACAAAUUAAUAAUAUUCAUGCUAAAUUGUUAAUAAUAUAUUGACUGUUAAUUUAUAUUAGAUAUUCAAUACAACUCUCAAGUUUAGUUUCAGUAUAAAGAAUCCUAAAUUUGUGAAAUUAUCAGGAGGUGGUUUUUAAAUAAUGUCAAUGUUUUCAUAUGCAAAUCAUAUAGUUGAAUAAGUGAAAGUCUUAAAUAUUCUAUCAACAUCUGCUUUAACUUGGGGAAUUAAUAAUUAAAAUUUAGUAACUUAUUUUUUAUGGGGAUUAAAAUUAUCAGAUACAACAUUACCAUCAUAAUUAAAAAUUAUUAGAGAUACUACAUAAAAUCCUUAUUUUAAUUCAUUUAAAUUUACAUUUUUCCCAUCAAGUACUACACCAUUAAAUUUAAAAUUAAGAGUAAUCUUAAAUUUAAAUUCUGAUAUUGGUUCCAUGAUUUUAGAAGGAAGUUUAUAAGAGAAUCUACCACAAUAUGAUAAGAAUCCAGUUUCAUGUAGUAUCACUAAAGUUUAACCAAUCAAAAUUAUUUGUUAAAAUGUUGGUACUUUGAAUUUUGAGAGUAGAUAUUUUAUAUCUAUUAAAAUGUCAUUUCCUUCAUAAGCUACUCCAGGAGAUCUUCCAGCUGAUUUUGGAUUAAUUUAAUUAGAAUCAUCCUCAAAUGGAGUGACAUAUGAUGCACUACCAUUAAUUCCCUCAGGUAGAGAUUAAUUAGCUAUUUAUUCAACUUUAAAUAGUUUUGCUAUAUUAAGUUAGAGUAGUGGGAAUGGUUAUACAUUUGUACAUUCCUAACGCUUUUCUGAUACCUUUGCAUGUCCAACAAGUUCAACUUUUGGUUUACAAUAUGCAGAUUAUGAACAAAGAUUAAUUUUUACAGCUCGACCAUAAAUUACAACGUUUGCUGCCACUGUUACCACUAGAACAGUAGGAUACUAUUUGUAUACCAAUCCCAAAUUAUAAAAGGGAGUUUCUAAUGUAAAAGCCGAAUCUCCUCUAUAAUUUACUCCACCUUUAGCAUGCUCUCCAACUCCUGCAGUUUAUGACCCUCCAGAUUUUGUAUUUGAUUAAGGAGAUGACUUUGUUGAUAUAAUGAAUACAAAUGAAAAAUAUACAGUAAUAUAAUUGACUCGAGAGCCUUUAGACACAGCCACUAUUUAAAAUGUGUUUGGAGGCAAUGCGGCAAACAAUUUAUAUACUGUUUCAAUAGGGCCAGUUUAUAUUAGACAUAAUGCAUCUUAAUUUUGCAAUGAAGAUCUAAUAGAUUUCAUUGGUUUUACAGCUGAAAUAGGAAUUCCAAACAAAUCACCAAUAGUUCCAAUUACAGGAAUUAUUGCUGCUAAUUCAUAUACAUUAAGUGGACCUAAUUAAAUGACUAAUCUCUAUUUAUCUAUUGCAAAUUUUUGGACUGGAACUACUGUUAAAUUAGAUGGUUCAUAGUUUCCUGCUUUUAUUAGAGUGACUGGUUUUUUGGAACAAUCAAUUGUAGAUAAAGCUGCUAGAUUAGCAAUAUUUUUUAAUAAUGUAAAUUUUUUUUAAUAUUGAAGUUAACUCCAUUCAAUGAAGAGAUAUCUCCUGAAGGAAAAUAAUAUGUAUCUUGUUCUUCUACAUUAAAUAGAAAAUAAAAAUGUUAUGGUUAUGUUGGAAGUGAUGAUUCUACAAAUGCUCUUUAAUCAGUCUAUAAUUUACAUAGAGUUGAAUUCAUAUUAGAUGAUACAUUUUCUAAAAGUGGACCUGCAUCUCCAUUCUAAUUAGUUAUACCUGUAAGCACAGUAAGAAAUGUUAAUUAAUUAACUUUCUAUUUGGCUACAAUAGCAUAAAAUUAAGAUGAUAAAGUUUAUAGUCAUUUUAUAGCAUUCAAAAGUUCAUUAAUUUCUUAAACAAUGAAUGCUCCUGCUAUAGCUUUAGUUGAUCCAGUUAAUGCUGCAAUUACUAAAACAGGUCAAAGUUAUAAAUUAGAUCUUAUUAAUUAUACACCAAGUGUUGGAUAAUAAGACUCAGCUGCUCAAGUAUAUUAUGGUCACACAUAAGCUACACCUGUCAUUUCUCCUAAUAGUGGAGUUCAAUAAGGGGCAGCUUUCUUUUAUCAAGGUAAAUGGAAUAUGAUUGGACCUAAUUUUAGUACAAAAGGAUUAAUUUUGAAUCCAGCAUUAACUUAUGAAUAGAAAUGUGUACCUUAUCAUUAUAAUGAUUUCUAUGGAUUCUUAUGUCCAAUGAUUGGAGAUACAAUUAUCACUUCCAUAUCUUAAUACAUUAAAAUUGAAGGAUUUAAUUAUCCAGAUAAAGGAGUCUAAACUCCUACAGGAGGUUUUUCUGGAUGGAGUGAUAAAAAUGGUAAUUUACAAUCAUACUCUCCUGAAUCAGUGAGUACUAUAACUGCUGGUCAAAUACAAAUACCAUUAAAUAUAUUCCCAACUAUAUAAAGAGGUUAUCAAGAUUAGAUAGUCAAAUGGAUUUUCACUUCUAUAAAUAGUAUUCCAAAAGAUGGAUAUGUUUCUAUUGCAUUCACUUCAGGAUCUUGGCCAUUUACUGUAUCAACAGCAAGUUUUUGUGAAUUGAGAUCAAGUUAAGUUGCAAAGUAAAUAACACAUACAUGUACCAUAUCAAAGACUGAUGGAGUAGAGAUUAGGUUUAGUUUUGCAGCCUCUUAAGCAUUUCCACCUGAUACUUAUACUAUUGUAUAAUAUGGAGUUAAUAUGCCAGAUUCAAGUUCUAAUGAUUAAGCUUACAGUAUAUUGACAUAUACAAUUUUGAAUAUGAUCAUAGAUUCCACUUCAGUUGGAGCAGGAACUUUAAAAUUUAAUAAUACACCACUUAUUCCUAAAAUUGAAGUUGGAGAUGUUUAAUUUGAGAGAAUGAAUAAUGGAAUGAGAGGAAAGUUUGAAUUCAAAUUCAAAUUAAUUAAUCGUGGAGUCUUAUAUAAUCAAUAGAUAAACUUUGAUCUCACUAUGAUAGCUUCAAGUACAGUAUCAAAAUCACAUUGUUCUAUUCUAAAUUAAGAUGGUUCAUAGAAUUUUGAUUGGAAAUCUUUUGAAGGAAGUUCAUUUACACUAAUAACAAUUAGGCCAGUUAGUGAUUUGAAUCCAGAAAAUCAAUACAUUUUUAGAUGUUUUAAUAUUUUGACACCUAAUAAUUAUAUUGCACCUCUUGUAAAAGUAUUAAGUGGUUCAACUAUUUUAUCACAAGGUACAGCUAGUAAUCCUCCAUUAACAUUUGAAGAUACACCUACUGUUCUAUCAUCAACUGGUCUUACAUUAACAAAAACUUAUCCAUAAGCUUAUGCAAUGAUUGAACUAAAAAUUAAUUUAGUAUUAAGUUAACCAUUUGAUUAAAAAUCAACGAUAUAUGUUAACUUACCAUAUUAUUAUAAUUCUUAUGAUAAUAAGAAAAGUCUUAGUUGCUUAAUGAAUGAUGCAGAUGCAUAUUGUUAAUAUGAUAAUGAAAGGACAAUUUCAAUUAAAUUAUUCACUCUUACAAUAGAUUCUUUCACAAUAAUAAAUUUAGUAAUAGCUGGUAUAAUUCAACCUAUUUAUACUUAUAAUGAUGAUUAAAUAUUUAUAAUGGUUGAUUAUGAUGAAGUAAAAACUACAAUAAAUGAAUAUGGAACAUUAAGUGAUGUAGCAGUAUCUUCUACAGUUCCAAUAUCUCUAAUCAUAAGAGAUUUCGAGAUUUCUAAUGUUGGAAUCAGAACUGAAUCACAAUAUACUUAUUAUUUAACAACUUUAGGUAAUAUAUAAGUUGGAUAAUAUUUGGUUAUUGAUCUUCCAUCUAAAGAUUAUGGUAAAUUAGUAUAAUUGAAACCUCCAACUGCAUGUAGUGGAGUAUUGGAAAGUGAUGGAAUAACAUCUAUUAUCUCAAAAUGUGAAACAUUAGGAAAUAGAAUUUUAUUAUAAUUUGAAGGAGUACUUCAAACAAAUACAAAAUAUAUAGUAAAAAUAUCAGGAAUGACAAAUAUGGAAGCAUCUUCUUGUUAUAUUGGAUUACCAAUUUUCAGUUUGAUUACUUCAGAUAAAACUUAAAUCUAAUAAUUAUCAACCUAUGUUUAUUCAAAUAUCUAAUAAUUUAAAUUAAUAGCUGAUUCUACAAAGAAAACUAUGUAUUGGAAAGAAGAAACAGAUAAUGAUAUUAAAUAUACAAUUGAAUAAAAAGAUGAUAUUUUGAGAUUGAAUUAUAAUGAAUUAUUGUUAAAACCAGGUUAAUAUAGUAAUAUAAUAUCACUUGGAUAGAUAAAUGGUGGAUAUGAUAAGAAAUUAAGAUUCAGUAUCAAUUCGAAUAGUGGUUUCUUCAAAGUUAUCAAUGAUCUUAUUGUAUAUCCUGGAGAUGGAAAGGCAUUAACAAGAAUAGGUUGUUCAGGAUCAACAAAUCCUUAAUCAUAUUAUUUAUAUUUUUCAAAAGAUGAAUCAGAACCUCUCACAUAUAGUGAAGCUGGUAUUAUAUAAGUAAUGAUUACAACAACUAAAACAGAAAUUUCAACUUAAUUUUCUUCAUAUGAUGUUCCACUUUUCAUGAAAUCUAUACCUGUAUUAAUAGAUUUUUCAGAAAAUAUUCCUGUUGAAGAUCUAUUGAUUGAUUUUGAAUUAAUUCCUUUUGAUAUUGAUAAACCUGCAGGAUUAAAAUUUUAAUCAACAUCUGAUACUAAAAUGAAUUUUUAAGUCACUUAAGAGAACCUUAAAAUAACAUUCAUUAUAAUCUCUGAAACAGAAGUACAAGAUAGUGACAAAUUAGAUACAAUUGAUUAUUAUUAUAGUACUUUGUUAAUGACUUUUAGUGGAAAUUCAGCACCUUAUUAUGUUUAAUCAUCCACAUAAACAUAAUUUAAAUUAGUAAAAGAUAAUACUGAUGUAAUAAAAAAGACUGGAUGUAUUUAUUUAAUGUAAAUUAAUUAAUUAUCAGAUUAUUCAAAUAAAUAAAUAAUUACUUUUAAAUCAGAUUAAGAUUUAAUUAUUUAUUAUCAUGCUAUAAUGUUGAAUGGAUUUGAAAGAAACUUAGAUGAUGUAAAGUUAUUUUCUGAAAAUAAUACUUAAUUAAGAUAUUCAGAUUAUUAUUAAGAACAAUUUGGUUAAAUUUAUUUAAAAUCAAAGAAUGAUUAUCAUUUAGAAUUGAAGAAACUAAAGUAAUUUAUAUAUAUAUAUAUAAUAUUAGAGCUAGAACAUGGUAUAAAAUUAAAAGUUGGGCUGUUAAUUUAUAUGAUAUUUAAAAUGAAACAUAAUAUGUUGAAUUCUUCACUCAAAAUAAUAAUGGUAGAUUGAUAAAAUUAACUUUUCAUUUUGGUACAGAACUAAAUGCUGAAAGUAAAAAAGCAAUAGCUUGUUGGUUAUGUUAUACUUUUGCAUAUCCUUGUUAUGAUGUAUUGAGUUAUGAUGCUAUAUUCUGCAGUGAUUCUAUCAAUAAAGAUCUAUCAUUUAAUUCUACAACUGUCUAUUCUUAAUAUAAAAUGCUUUAAGAAACCAAUACUACUACUGAUGAAACUCCAACAGAUGAUAAUAAUUAAGAUGAAAACACUUAAGAUGAAGGAGUCGAAGUAGAUGAUGGUGUUGAAACAGCAGUCUAAUUUUAUUUCAUUCCUAAUUAAGAUUUACCUAAUGAUAUUAAUUGGAAAUAAGUUAUAGCAGGAGUAGAAGAUACUAAUUUCAUGAGAUAUUUUGUAGGCAAUUUAACAAAUUCAACUAGAUUAUUUUCAGUUGAUCCUUUUGAAGAAAUAACAUUUGAUAAAUCUCCAGAAAUCAUUAGCAACAUUAAAUUUACAAGAGGCUUAACUUGGUUAUCUCUUUCAGAUAUUAGAUUAAGAUAAACUGGUUUAGUUUGGGGAUAUAUUACUCCUAAAUUCAGUGAUGGUACAUAUGCUAGUGAUGGACUUAAACCUACUAAUAUUCAAAUGAAAUAUUUUGCUAAUUGUCUAAAUUAAUCAAUAAGUUCCAAUUAUUAUUUCAUCAAAUAUUAUUCAUCAGAAGUAUUUAAUUUACUCAUAUACCUUAGUCCAUUAGUCAUAACUUUACCGAUUUAUAACCUUCUAAAUGGUACAACAUAUAUCUAAUAGCCACUUAAGAUAGUCCUAGUCUAUGGACUGAAACUUCACCUGUGUAUUCAUUUACAAAUAAGACUUUACGAAAACCAUUUGAUGAACCUGCAGCUAUUUAUGACACACUUUUAUUACCAAUACUAAUAAUUUGGUUAAUUUAAUGA